GAGCCACGCCCACAUAAUGUCGACUUUGUUUGGACAUGUGCAUCGCAAGGAGAUCCGGUAGUAUCAAAAUACCAGUUGUGCACCCGGUGUUCACCGACACCAAUCGCAUGCGAAUGUGUGUAGCAUAUUUUCAUCACUGUAGUCACGUUUCGUUAGAGAGAGCAGAUGCGUACAAUAUAGACAUCGAAUCAACACUAAUUGGCUGUCAGUAAUGUAUACCAGGACUGCUUCAUUUGGGAGAUAAAGUUCUUGGGAUUAAAUAACUCAAUAUGGGAAACCAUCACAUCCGCCAGAGACAACACUCGCUAAUAAUACUAUCCAGAUCAAGAAAAGCAACAGUGCUGUGAUUGAAACACGCAUUGAAUACAAGGGAUACAAUUCAAGAUGAGCAUCUUAAAGAGCAAGAUGUCAUCCCAUCUCCAGAGACACCCUAAUCAUCUCAGCAUGGCAAUAUACCUGUCACUCCUAGCCAUGACCCUCAUCGUCAGAACCACACUAGCAGCUGCAGUACUAAACUCCUACAACCUCUCAUCGUUUACACCGCCAAGUCAAGAUGUGACUUUGAAUCGUUUUGUAGUGCACAAUAGGACAGGAAGCCUUUAUGUUGCUGCAGAGAAGUUUCUGUUUAGACUCGGUUCUGACUUACAGAGCCUCGAGAGCACUGGUACCUCAAGUUGUGCUGAAGAUGAACAUUGCGACGACAUCACCAAGAUUCUUGUCAUUUCUCAAGGAGAUGCCGAAAACUUAAUCAUGUGUACGAGUGCAGAAGGAAAGUGUGAAGUCAGAGACUUGUCUGAUAUUGAGCAAGUGGUACACAGCAGUAAUAUAAUGGUUCCUGGGGAAUCGGCAGGACUCACAGCAGCUGGGGUCAUCACAGAAGUGGCCCAAGGAGGUAACCUUGCGGAGAAGUUCUAUCUGGCAAACACACUAAGCGCUGAUGUCACCUCGUUUACACAUCCUAUCAUACGAUGGACUGUUUCAGAUAGCUUUGACCAGGCAGAUGAACUUAACCACUAUGCUCUGGGCGUUUCAGUGAACAGUUUCCCUAUCUCUUACAUUGAAACCUUUACCCACAAUGGCUUUGUGUAUUUUGUCAUGAACCAGGUUGGAAAUGUCAAAUUAGGGAGAGUUUGUGAAACGGCCAGGAUGGAAUACUACUCAGAGAUCACCUUAAGGUGUAACAGUAGGAACCGACCAGAUACAUCUUACAACCUGGUGCAGGCAGCUCGCGUCGGGAAAGCUGGCCCUGCCCUGCAGAUGUCCAUGGGUUCUACCUCAGACAGCAUUUUGUUUGCGGCCUUCUCUGAAUCCGAUUCUGUGAGCAGUAGUGCAGCCCUGUGCGUGUAUAGCAUGGCAGAUGUUGAAGCUGCCUUCCUGCAGGCAGUUAAGGAUUGUCUAAUUGGGACCCAGGAUGCCCGUCUUUCAUACCUUAAUGGUGCUACUUGUGACGAAUUGAUCCUCCCUGACGACGUAUUGCUAGGACUCGUAUGUUCUCAAGAACGCUCUUUUACAUACGCCAACGGCAUCCACCCUCUCGUUUCAUCUGCUGCUGUGGAGAUGUCAUCCCAUGUCCCAACCUCCAUUGUUUCGGCAGUAGUCAGACAACACACUGUGGCGUUCAUUGGUACCCAAGAGGGAGACCUGUUGAAGGUCCAUGUUAUGAGUAAUACAAUGGGAAGACUGUAUGAGACGGUACCGCUCGGUUCUACACCAAUCUUACCUGAUAUGUACAAUGAACAAGACACCAGUAUUCUCACUGCAAAUCAACAAUCACUUUACAGAUUGCCAGUGGCUGACUGUGCACGGUACUCAACCUGUGGGGAGUGUUUCGGAGAAGGAGGUGCGGGGGAUGAUGAUCCUUUGUCUUUGUAUAUCGGGUAGGCAAACAAAUGUCAAAUCUAGUUGACAAAAUUAUUAUAAAUUACUAUUCAAACUUUUUUCUCACCUGUUCUUGUUUCAUUUUUGUGGUUAUCUUGCCAUUCAAAAUAUUAUGGGUUUAUUUGUGGUCAUAGCCCCCGAAUGUUAUAUUAUUAGGAUAGGUGUGUGGAAUAGAUCACACUUUGAAGGGUACAUGUCACCUGUUGCAGGACCUAUAUAUUUCCACAGCAUACGCAAUAAGUAAUGUCCAAGAUGAACAGUUAUAAGUGGUGUGUUAUGUUCAUUUUAAAAGGAAGGAAUUGUUUUAAUAACAAUCCAUUUGAUAAAGCGCAUAACACAUUACAACGUAUGUCCUUAUGCGCUUAGAAAGAAAAGCAAAGAGAAAAAAUAGGAUACUGAAUUCCUUUUACUUGUUUACAACAAUUGAAAUAAAUAUGUUUUCAG